AGCGACAACAAUAAUAAUUUCGAACAGCACUUAAAGCAUAAUGGGUAAGCAGCAACCGCCUCCUCUCGCCGCGUUGGCUGGCAGUGUCCAAAGGACUGUACGAGCCAGGAACGCUUGCAAUGGCUAGCAAUACCGCACUCGGACAACAUAAACUGUCCAUAAGACAGCGCUGAUAUCUGUUCUACGUGAACAGGUCGCCUGCAGGAGUACCAAGUCAUUGGGCGCCAUCUGCCCACCGACUCCAAUCCGACUCCGAAGCUCUACCGCAUGCGCAUCUUCGCGCCGAACGAUGUGAUCGCCAAGUCCCGCUUCUGGUACUUCCUCGCCAAGCUGAAGAAGGUCAAGAAGGCAAACGGCGAGAUUGUAAGCUUGAACAAGAUUCAUGAGAAGCACCCUCUCAAAGUCAAGAACUUUGGUGUGUGGAUCCGCUACGACUCACGUUCCGGCACACACAACAUGUACAAAGAGUACCGCGAGAUGUCCCGCUGCGAAGCCGUGGAGUCCAUGUAUCAGGACAUGGCGGCGCGUCACCGCGCUCGCUUUAGGAGUAUUCACAUUCUCAAGGUCGUAGAGGUGGAGAAGGCAGACGACAUCCGCAGACCGUACAUCAAGCAGUUAUUGAGCAAGGACCUGAAGUUCCCGCUGCCGCAUCGUGUGCCGCCGAAGAAGGGCAAGAAGGUCUUCGCGGCAACACGGCCGAACACAUUCUACUAGCUGCGUCACAACUUGGCAGGUGGAAGCCGGAGUCCUACAAACGAAGCACAUUGAUUCGGAGCUACAUUAUCUUCGCUUUUAGCUAAGGCUCGACAACUCCAUCCAGAGUGAUCAGUCCAAAGCACCGCUCUCUCCACGCCUUUCCCACUUGAGCUCUGCACAGCCCGAGAGUCUCAAACCACAUAUUCUGUCCUGGCCACUAAUUUCGUAAGCCGCAUUCGUCACGCUAAUUUGACUCUUCAAGCGCUUGAUCACCUACUGUUUGUCUUGACGCUGCUGGACACCGU